UAUGUUGAUGUCAGAAAAAUUGAGCAAGUGCUCUUUGUGAGGAUUUUUAGAAAUUUCUUCUUUCUUUCUAUAUCUGAACCCAUUGACUCCUUUGGAUGAGUGAAUCCAACUAUGAAUUUAAGUUUCUAUCAUUUCUUGAUUUAUUCUACUAAUUAAACGCAUAUUUGAUUGUUAGUUUUAACCUUUCUCUUAUAUUUCUCCCUUAAUUUCUAUCUAUCUUUAUUGUUUGUUAAUUUCUUGUUAUUUUUACAUUUCUUCCGCUUUCAAUAUCGUAUCACAAAUUUCUAACAAGGUUUAGCCUCAAGAGCCUGUCUGAAUGGGCUUAAAAAAACAGCUUUGCUUAUAAGGUGCUUUUUUUAAGUCCAUCAAAGGCUGUUUGGCUUAGCCAGCUUAUUAAAUCAAGGGAACUUUUAUCCCCCUUCAAAACUUCAUAGGUAUUUUUGUCAUUCGAUACCAAACUUCAAGGUAUGUUUUCAGAAUUUUAACACAAUAAGGACAAAAGAAAUGGUCAAAUCUCCUAAAAAAGAGUGAAGCUCAGCAACUCUGUUUUGAGGGAGCUUCCAUACGAAGCCACAGAGGCAGAAAAGAAAAAAGAGAAAAGGUUCCUAAGAGAAGGAAGAAGAAGAAAUUGCCAUGGGCGAUCUACUCUCAUGGCUAUUUUCCUUCUUCCUUCUCGUGGCUGUUCUUGGUACUAUCCUCUACCAGCUCAUGUGCUUGGCAGAUCUUGAAUAUGAUUAUGUCAACCCUUAUGAUUCAGCAUCUCGGAUUAACAGGGGAGUGCUUCCAGAAUUUGCUCUUCAAGGAGCCUUGUGCUUCCUGCAUCUUGUGACAGGGCAUUGGCUGAUGUUUCUGAUAUGUCUACCAUACUUAUAUUAUAAUAUCAAAGUUUAUAUCGAUCGCUGCCACUUGGUAGAUGUAACUGAGAUUUUCAAUCAGCUUCCGUGGGAAAAGAAGAUUCGGUUGUAUAAGCUUGGUUAUCUUGUGAUGCUUCUUGCCUUUUCGAUAGUCUGGAUGGUUUGGAGCAUUGUGGAUGAUGAAUGAAAUAUAAGGAAUUGCUGCUUUGCUAAGGGUUUGAUCAAAUGAAGAAAUUGGGAUUUUCGGGCACUAGCACGGUGGAGCUGGCCUUCUGACAUCUAUCGGUUUACUCAGUUAAUGAUGCCAUUAACUGAUUGUGGUGAUGGUUUUACAGAAUUAAUCAAAUUUGAAGGAAGAGUUGGAAGCGCUGGGAAGCAUACACUUUCUGAUGCUUGAGUUAUUUCUCUUUUUUUGUUUUGCUUUCUUUUUGGUAGGUUAAUUUUAUGAUGCCCUUUAAGCAUCUGAUUUAUUGGGCAAUAGGCAUUGAGUUGAACUCUUGUAAAUGAGGAUAGUUGUUGGGAUCUUAUAUCAUAAUGUGUCUUAGCAAAUGGUUUACCGAAUGUACUCUUUUCCAGUGGAAAUCAAUGUCUAGUAGAAUGACUUACAUUAUAA